GAUCCUUGUUAACAAACAAACUGGAGGCCAUGCAUGAGAGAGAGAGCACCCUUCAAUCCAAGUUCUCCCCCCAGGGGCAUCACUACCGGGGUGCGGAGGGUGCGGCCCGCACCCGGGUGUCACCAUGAGGGAGGUGACACCCAGAGCCACCCUGCCGUUGCCAGGCAAGGCUGCUCCAACUCCUCGGACGCGGGCGGGCGAGACCGGGAGCAGCGUCGGCGGGGUGAGACAGGCGCACCGGCUGGGCGAGGGAGGCGCGCCGGCGUUCCCAGGCCUUCUCCGGCUGGGUGCCCCUCCGGCGCGUGCCCUCCCAGGGGCAUGGACAGGGUGGCUGGCCUCGAGUGCGCACAUGCAAGCCCGGCCACCUCGCCCAUGCCCCUGGGAGGGCACGCACCAGAGGUCCGCACCCCCCCCCCCGCACUCCCGCUAGGGGAGCUGUUUUCCCCUUCCUCCUUUUCCAGUUUCACUUGCUUGCUUACUUCCUGUCUUGUCCAUGCUCCUCAGUCCUUCCUGAAUGUGCCUUUUCCCACAACAGAUGUUCCUAGGAGCCAAUCAGCAUGAAAAGAGAGUGUUAGCUACUGAGAAGAGUCUUCUCAGUGGCUGACUUGCCACUUUUUACUGUGAUUGGCUCCAGUCAGCAGGAAAGGACAAUGGAAACAUUGGGACUCUGCUCCCAAAAAAGUAAAGGGUCUAAGGCCAGACAUAAGAACACCAGAACAGUUUAUUAAUUCACGGAGCUUCCAGUAUCGUCUUCCCUUACUGGGAGGGUGGAACAAAGCGAGACUAACAGCGCAAUCUUAACCAUGUGUACUCAGAAAAAGUCCUAUUGGAGUCAAAUGGGGUUUACACCUAGGUUACUGGAUUAUAGAACGGCACCUUUACUUUCAAAUAUACAUGCAUAGAAUCGCCCUACACCAGACCUCGGUUAUAUCAGUAAUUGUUUCAGUUGAAGUAACAACUUAACCGCAAGCACCGGAUUUACUCCGCAGUUGGAAAGACACUUUGGGCCUACUGCUUUAUACCCCUUCGAAAGCACGUGGGUAGUAGCGUAAAAAAGGAGGAGACUUGGCGCGAUGGAUUGCGGAGUGCAUUUUUGGGAAAACUUGCAGGCGACCUGAGGGAACAGAGGUGCCCUGAGAACGACAUUACCCAGCAUCCAUCUCGUGCAGCAGGGCGGGUUGAGGGUGCAGCCCACGAACACCGAGUAUGAAUUCCUACCGCGGGAAUGCGACUUUCAUAUACGACCCGCGCUUUGCCUUAUCAGAGGAGGGACGAGACCGUGGCUGAGGAAGGCCACUUCAUGCGCCCACCUGAGUCCAACGCUGCGGUGAAGUGAGCCGACAGCAGAGGAUGACGACGUCCCUGGAGGAGCUGAAGCGGCGGGCGGCCGAGUGCAUCGAGGCGUCGUCGGAGCGGCUGGGGGAGCUGAGCCGGGAGAUCUGGAGCCGCCCGGAGUUGGCCUACGAGGAGCGCCAGGCUCACGGCGCCAUGACGCGCUUCUUCACCAGCUGCCCCUCGCCGCCGGAGGAGGAGGUUUGGCUAGUGCAGCGGAGCUACAAGCUGGAGACGGCCUUCCGCGCGGACUGGCAGUGGGACGGGUAUGCCGCUGAGGCCGGGCAGAGGAAGAAACCGCCGCCGCCGCUCCUCCGCCUGGGCUUCCUGUGCGAGUACGACGCGCUGCCCGGCAUCGGCCACGCCUGCGGCCACAACCUCAUCGCCGAAGUGGGCGCCGCCGCCGCGCUGGGCCUGAAGGGCGCCCUGGAGAGCCUUCGCCGUAGCGGACCAGCCGCAGGACUCCUCCGCCAGGUCCCCGCCGUCAAGAUCAGUGUCCUGGGUACUCCGGCAGAAGAAGGGGGAGCAGGCAAAGCAGUUCUGAUUAAAUCUGAUGCUUUUAAUAACUUGGAUGUUGUGUUCAUGGCUCACCCAUUUCAGGAAGAUCUAUCUUAUAUGCCUGCUAUGGCAAAUAACCAUUUGACUGUACAAUACUAUGGAAAAGCUUCUCAUGCUGCUGCAUAUCUCUGGGAAGGAGUAAAUGCAUUAGAUGCUGCUGUUCUUGCAUAUAACAAUCUGUCAGUUUUAAGGCAGCAAAUAAAACCAACCUGGAGACUCCAUGGCAUAAUAAAAAGGGGUGGUGAAAAGCCAAAUGUUAUACCGUCUUGCACAGAGCUAGAAUUUUAUUUGCGUACUCCUCUGUUGAAGGAGCUGCCCAUUCUGAAGGAGAAAGCUGAAAGCUGCUUCAGGGCUGCAGCUCUGGCCACAGGAUGCAAAGUAGAAUUUAAAAGGAAGUAUUCAGAUUAUUACAACGUGCUUCGAAAUGAAUGCCUGGAACAAACUUUUACGGAAAAUGGAAAGAAGCUUGGGAUGCACUUUUCGGACAAAGAUAUCUUGUCUGGUUCAUCAGGCUCCACUGACUUUGGGAAUGUUUCCUAUGUUGUUCCUGGAAUUCAUCCUUAUUUUUAUAUUGGUUCAGAAGCUCUGAAUCAUACAGAGGAAUUCACUCGGGCUGCAGGGUCUGACGCAGCACAGAAGUAUGCCCUGCAUACAGCUAAAGCUUUGGCAAUGACUGCACUAGAUGUUAUCUUUAGACCAGGCCUGCUGGAGCAAGUCCAAGAAGAUUUCAGACGAGCAAAGAGCAUGAGCCCUGAAGUGUGAAAGGGAGAGGUCUUGGAAGAGCAAGAGUCAUAUAAUAAAACUAAGCACUGUUCUUUGCUGGCUAUCAAUAUUCAAGGCUGUCCAUACACCACAUUAAAAUUAUCAUAACACCAAAUUCUCUGCCAAGAAUGAUAAAUUGUGUAACUUGAAUGAAUCUGAAUAAUUUCUUAUUUUACAUAAUUUAUUCUGCAAUUUUACUAUUUGCAUAAUUUAGCCAUGGGUGAGGGCAAAUGGAGCACUCAGCUAUUGGAAAUCAUACAAUUUUAGAGUCAGAAGGGACCUUGUAGGCUAUCUAGUCUAGCCCUGUUCAAUACAUAUUCUUCAAUGCAGGAUACCACUAGAGUAUCCUUGAGAGAUGGCUGUCCAGCCUCUGCUUAAAUAUCUCAAGCAAAGGAGAGCCCACUACCUCCUGAGGAGGUCUGUUUCAGUAUCCAACACUCUUACUACUAAUCUUUAGAGAAAAUCUGCUGCUCUGCCAUUUCCACUCAUUUAUUUUAGUCCUGCUCUCUGGAACAUCUUCUGUGUGAUAGUUGUUCAGAGAUUUGAAGACUGCUAUCCUGUCUCCAGUUAAUUUUCUUUUCUCUAGCACCUCACCCAUUUUUCAUGAAUGUUCAAAGAUUAAAGAGAACAUCUCUGCAGUAACAUCUGCAACCUCCUUCAGCACCCUAGGCUCUAAUUCAUUUUGGUCCUGGAGGCUUGUACUUCUUGAAGGUAGCUAGAUAUUCUCUAACCAUCUCCUUACCUGUGCUGGGCAGCAGCUCCUUCCUUUUAUUCUACUGUUCUCAGAUAGAAUACAAUUUUCCUUGUCAUAGAAGACUGAGGUGGAAUAGGAGUUGAGUAGUUCAGCCUUCUCUCUGUCAUCUGUACAUGAAUUCAUAAAGCAUUGGAAUUGUGUCCAGAAUGUGUGUGGCUAAAUAUAGGAAAACAAUUCUAUUACCAUGUAGUUUUUUGUUUCAUGUUCUUUUCCUCUUAUCUCAAGAACAGCCUUUUAGCUGAAGCUUCUUACAAGGUUCCAUAUAAAGUAGAAAUAUUUGUUAAAGUUUCAGCAGAAAGUUGAAUCAUGUAAGCCUAAUGUAAUCAACUGCCUGUGCAUAUAUGUGAAUUUCAUGCCUUCAAGCUGUCUUCCUAGCCAUUUUGACAGAUGAAGUUAAAGCCCAAAUUGAAAAUCUUACCUGCCCAGUCUUGAAUUCAGCAAUGUGUUGACCACCUGAGAUAUGUCACCAACAAUUCUUAAUCUUGUCUUGUGAGUAAGACAAGUAAGAUAGUAAGAUGUUCAUUCCAGCAAAAACCACCAAGGACCUGUAAUGUCUUAAAAUCAUUUUCAGUCUGGAACACAAGGACCAUCGUUUGUUUAUAACAGUGAACUUGUUGACCACCUGAGAUAUGGAAAAACACUGGUUUGCAUUGUGCCCUGUUAACAUUGUUCAUAUAAAAAUUACCAAUUGCCAAGUUGCACCCCUUCUCCCACUUGCAUUACAUGAAAAUUUAUUUUAAAGUUUAUUUACACUAAAAAGGCUGCUUUUGUGUGCUGGAGACUUGGUAAAAUUGAUCUUCUCACAGUUCUGAACUAAAAUCUGAUAGCCUAAACUGGAAGAGUUUCAUAAGACAUGUAUUUUUAAAAAAGGUAUAUGUUAAGCAAAAUACUUAACUAAUUAUCUCUGUAUUACUGCAGUGAGAAUUGCUUGGUUGAUACCUUCACUACUGUUAUUUUUUUUAACACUGCAAUAAUUACAUGGCUACUUCAUAAAGUGUUUUCAAUGCCAACAUGUCUCAACAGGACAGAAGUAUUGAAAUCCCUAUGAUAAAGGGCCUUGUAGCUUCCUAUGCAACUUCUUGCAAGAGUUGAUAUAUUUUUAUUUUAUCAUACAAUUUUUUUUAAUAUAUUGCUUAUUAUUGCAUUUACAUCCUGCUUUUCCUCCAAGGAGCUCAAAGUGGUGUACAUAUUUCCCCUCCUCCAUUUUAUCCUCACAACAACCCCAUGAGGUAGAGUAGGCUGAGAGGCAGUGAUUAGUCCAAGGUCACUCAGUGAGCUUCAUGGCUGAAUGAUGAUUUGAACCCUGGCCUCCCAGGCCAUAGUCUAACUUUGCCAUCCUGGCUCAUACUCUGAGUAGACACUUUAAAAUCAAUGGGUUUAAGUUCAUUGAUUUCAAUGUGUCUAAGUAUGACUGAUGCUGGAUAUUCAGUUUGAGUAGAAGCAGUGUUAGUUCAGUAAAUGUUAUUUAUAAAAUUAAAUAUUUGACAUACACAGAGUUGUUGAAAAACCUCUUAGGUCACUGACCAUUCUCUGGGUGAUGUCACCAAGUGAUUGAUUAGCAGCAAUGCAGAGAAUUAUACAGGUGUAUAAAGAAAAAAGACAUUUAUAGUUGUGAUAGAAAUCUUGAUGGUAAAAGUGUACAGUGUUUAGAUUUGCAAUGUUAGCUAUUUACACACAAAUUGAUAGUUUUACAAUAUUGUAUAUAUUUACAAAUGGAGACAAGUAUUAACAUGGUCCAUUAGUUCUGUAAUUGGAACAAACGUUCAAGGACUAGCAAUUUCAAAUUGAGAAGCUUCGGAAUUUUUCUUCUCUUCAAAGCCACAUCACUACUGUGUUCUUUAGUAAUGUUUCUCACAUAAUGUCUUUUAAAAUAAAAAACACUAUUCAAAC